GGUGGAUGUGGUAAUAUUUCCCGGCACACGAGUCUUGCUUAUAAUAAAUUGAAAGUGAAACGGCUACAGAUUGGAGUUGCAACCGUGGCAAAACGUCGCUUCCGUUUUGAUGGGAUUGGUCGUAAAGUUCAUACUUCAUUGCAUUUGUUUGCAGCAAGCAUCAGUCGGGUGUUUGACUUUAGAGACAGUCGGAGCGGUCGUGAACAGGCGGCAGAAACCUUUGGACACAUUGGUUGGGACUGAGCAUCCAGGAAAGGAUGACGGAAAAGCGCUACGACCCCAAUGACAGCACCCUGAAGUUUGUACAGAGAAAGGACGAGAUCACAGGUUUAAAAAAAAACAUUACUUUAUAUCGGAAAAAUAUUUUCUUUAUCUCCUUUGUAGGCGAUGAUUACCCAAAUGUUCUCAGAGUGGAGAUGUCCUGUGGACAUGCUGUGGACCCCACAUCUCUGACCGGAUGGUGUCGUAGCCUGAUAGAUCGUGGUCAUUCCACAUUCCACUGCCCUGCUAUAAAGGGUGGAACAGAAGAAAAGUGCAACAAGGAAUGGCCCUAUGUGGAGGUUCGCAGGCAUGCGUUGCUGACUGACGAUGAACAGAAGUAUUUUGAAGAGAAGGUUGCCUUACUCGCUGCGGCAGCAAAGUACUGUGAAUUCAGCACGUGCCCUGGAUGCCAGACUUGUGUCGAGCGAAAAGAUCUGACAAAUCUUUCAGUGAGAUGUUCCAUUUGUACAGCACAAAAUGGAAGAUGCUAUGAAUUUUGCUGGCAAUGUUCGAAGCAAUGGAAGGGCCGAGCACCCCGUUCUGAUCGAUGCGACAAUGAAGGAUGCACAAACAUUCAGCUGGACGCCCUUAAGAACUGUGACAUGAAAACUUUAUCCUACAGUAACAUCCAAUGCCCUAAAUUCCGCGCUUGUCCCACAUGUGGGAUUAUUAUAGAGCAUAAAGCAAUGUGCAAGUAUAUCCUGUGCUCCAGGUGUCAUGUGGAGUUUUGCUUUGCUUGCCUUAAGACCAAAGCAAUUUGUGAAAGAUCAUCUAGCUAUUCUGCUACUUGUGCUAAUCCUGUGGUCCCGAGGCAAACAAGUAUUCCCACGUGGACUCGCACUCCAAAUACAAGUAUUCGCUGGAUGAAUCACAUACUGAAUAUACUCUCAGAAAAUACCAAUGAUGAUGAUCUUCCUACCAAUAAUGAGAACCCAUCGUGUACAAUUUUGUAAAGCAAGAAUCUGAUUGCACAAAAACAUAAUAAUUGACGCAUUGCCAUUAAGCAAAAUAUUGAUCAUUGCUGACCUUAUUUUGAUGAUACAAAUUGCUUAUACUGCUAAAAGAUUAAUUUUGUAUGGCAAUAACACAAUAUAGCAUCCCACAACAAAUAUGAUCACCUCAAUUGUAAUUUCAAUUUGCAUCCAUCAUAAUGUUAACUCUCAAUUAAUGUGGCAUUUAAUCUGAAUAUCUGGUUAAAUUUAAGGUAACAUCAAAACCAACUCAUAUUCCAUUAUGGAUGUGGGUGAAUCUUUAAACCUCAGGGGUGAUGGUUUGAACAACUGAAUUAUUUUGACAUUUUUAUUUUAAAAUUCAUUUCUUAAAUAUGUGAAUGAAUUAUGCAAAAUUCAUUGCAUUUUUUCCGUCAAUUUACAGAUUUAAUUUCACAUUCACAUUCAAAAGAAUGGACAGGAAUUUAUUGUUUAAAUAUUGAUAAAUCAGCUGCCUGUGCACUGUUUUAACCUGUAGAAUGCAUACUAGUAUUGGUUUGUGUGGCUCGGACAGGGUUUUUCUUUUAGGUUUGUUAUUUUAUUCAUGUUAUACCAGCUCUUUAAUGUUUGAUUUCUUCAAAUAAAAUGACCAGACGUUUGGCACAAGAAUUCUGCAUGUUUGUGUUGAAAAUGUACAAAAUGUCUCUCGUGACACAGAAUAAAUGGGCAAGAAUUAGAUGUGAAACAAUUAGAAGCUAUUUCCAAAAUCCAAUACCUACCUGAGAAAAAUAAGUUGUUAGUUUUUGUAUAACUUUCUUUUAAAACUGUUUAACCAGCAUCCAGCACAUCUCUAUAAUAUCUGUGGAAGUCACAGAAAGAUCACGGUCUUCAUAUACAGAGUUCACACAAACGUGUAUGAGUCAUUUAAAUUAGGAGCAGGUGUAGCCCGUUGAUCACCUCCACUACUAAAGACUGGUUGAUUUGAUUGUAAACUCCACAUUUCCAUCUACGUACAGUAAACUUUCACUCCCUCACUAUUGAAGAAUCUUUCAACCACUGCCCUAACCCAACCACUUCACUUCCACUAUUCUUUGGGGAAACAUUUCAAAGACUGGUAACCAUCAGCUAGAAAAAUAAAACAAUAUCUUUGUCUUAUCAAAUGUAUUUGAUAAAUAGAAGUAGGUAAUGGAAGUUAAUUGAUAGUGAUUUUAGAUCUGCAGAACUACUCUGGACAAAAUGAAUAGAAUUAAGAAUUUAUUUGAAUUAUUAAUUAGCUAAUUGUAGUUAUUUACAGACACACCUUGAUUUAUGCAAUAAGCGACUGAUGUAAACUUGUACUUACGUAAACAAUUCUGUACUCAGUACCUCCUGCAGUCAAGGGAGUUUGUAAUUUCAACAACACUGUACGAUCACUGAGGUUUACAUUAGAAACAAGGUGGCAAUGGGGGCAGUGCUUACCCAGAAGGCCAUGCACUGCAGAAAGUGCCCUACGGUGAUUCCAUCAAAAGUAAAAUCUGACAAGUAAAGGUUGACAGAACGUUACCCUAACUUAAAGCGGGCAGUGUUUGUACAUGUCCUUGUACUGAACAUUUAAAUAUGUAUUGUAUAGACUUUGGAAACCAUAUGUUGUGAUUAUGUUAGUGGGGAUUUAAUCAGAAUGUUAUUGUGGAAUUAUAUUAAAUUACACAUUGGAAGAU